AUGUCAGUUUAUCCGAUACUGUUGCACGCAGGAGCGUGCUUGUGGUAUGCUUUUUUUUGGAACAACUUUUUAGCCAAUGGCAGUGAUAAAAAAGAGAGCGACUGGGAUCCUAGGUACCGAGACAUACAUGAAAUGGGAUAUAGAUUUCUCACCAAUUGGAAUCUCUUUAUUCAGACGCUGUUCUUUGGCGGUUGUCUGUUUCAUGAUUUAAUGAAAAUACUGAACGGUCCCAACUGGUUGAAAUUAGGUUCGAAAUUUCAAACUAUACUCUCGCUGAGUUUUUCGUCGAUAUUACUGCCAACUGGAAUUUUUGUAUGUGUCACAUUUUGGGCAAUGUAUGCUUACGAUCGUGAAAUUGUCUACCCAAAAAUAGUGGAUAGUUACAUACCGUAUUGGCAAAAUCAUGGAAUGCACACAAUUAUUUUACCACUUAUGUUGGCCGAAUUAUUUACUACCAGACAUAAGUUCCCUUCGGUCACGGCUUCAAUGUCGAUAUUUUUGGGAUUCGGUAUUCUCUACGGACUCGUUUUUUUGGAAACGUACGUGGAAAAAGGACGUUGGGUAUACCCCUUAUUCGGCCUGUUUAGCGUACCGAUUUCAUUGGGUAUUAUGGCUGUUUUAUUUAUCAAACUAAUGUCGUUUUUAUUUAUCGGUAUAUUUAUCCAAAACAUGUACUGGGGAAAAGAAGAAAAGAAACGAUAUCGAAAACCUGUUAAGAAGUCAUCCUAA